AAUGUUGUCGAAUUCGGAAGUGUUGUCCUGUGUGUCGGCUGCUAAACUACCUGUUUACGUCGGCGGAAAGGAAAAAGAAUGACAAUUCACAAUUUAUAUAUUUUCUCAAAAAAUGGAACCCUCCUGUAUUACACGGAAUGGAAUAGGCUAAAUAAAUCUGGCAUGACUCGGGAAGAGGAGGCAAAACUGAUGUAUGGAAUGCUGUUUUCCAUUAAAUCAUUUGCAAGUAAAAUUUCACCUCUGGAUCCCAAAGAAGGCUUUUUGUAUUACAAAACGAGCAAAUACACCCUUCACUACUUUGAAACUCCGUCAGGAUUAAAAUUUGUACUUAAUACUGAUAACAUGGCUCAAAAUGUGAGGGAACUUUUACAAAGAUUGUAUAGCCAGGUUUACAUAGAAUACGUCAUGAAAAAUCCACUUUGCGAGCCAAAUGAACCCAUUCAGAGUGAAUUAUUUAAAGUUAAAGUUGACGAACUCAUAAAAAAGUCUCCAAUUUUUUUGAGUAGAUCUAUAUAGAAAGAAUACAUUAUGAUUAUAAUACAGAUAAUGAAAUGCAUUAGCUGUUGUUUUAAAAACACAAUAAAUGUAAAUAAAAACAAUUUUUUUUGUAAAACUUGGCAUAUUUUAUAUUUGCAAGAACUUAUUUUACACUUUUCACAUAUAUUAGGAAACGUUAUUAAUAAAUUACAAUACGUUCCAAUGAUUUUCAAUAUUUACUAUGUUCUUUCAUCGUUUAGGCGGCAGUUUUGUUGCUUUCGAUUGAAACUUUGAAUGAGAUUUACUUUACUAAACCUUAUGAAAGGCAA